CCUCCCCUCCCCCGCCGUUCAGCGGCUGUUUCUCCGCCCGGGCCGGCGGCGCCGGUAGCGACUCCAUGCGCUCGGGCCGCUAGUGCGCAGCCGCGGCGGGGCGCAGCCGGGGAGGAGGAGGAGGAAGCGGCGCGGCGCGGCGCGGGGGGAGGAAGGAAGGAAAGAGGCCGAGGCCGGCGGCGGCUCAUGGCUCCCCGAGCGGGCGGGUGAGGCGCGCGCGUGCGGGCCCUAGCGCUCCCCGAGGCGGCAGCUCCGGCGGGCGAGGGGCCGAGGCGCGGCCGGCCCUCCGGCGGCGGCGGCUCCGUGUCCGGGGCUCGGCGGCGGCAGGUCCGGCUCCUCGUCGCCUCCCUCCGGGCUGGUGUUAUGGCCCCUUGGGGGAGCGCAGAAGGCUCCCCGGCUUGGAGGUCCGCGCAGCUCCUGCUCCUCGUCGUCUCCUGCUGCGGAAAUGGUGCUCUUGCAGAACAUUCUGAAAAUGUGCAUAUUUCAGGAGUGUCAACGGCUUGUGGAGAUAUUCCAGAACAAAUUAGAUCACCGAGCGGGACAAUCACAAGUCCAGGGUGGCCCUCUGAAUAUCCUGCACGAAUCAACUGUAGCUGGUACAUCCAUGCAAACCCAGGGGAGAUCAUAACUAUAAGCUUUCAAGAUUUUGAUGUUCAAGGAUCACGGAGAUGCAGCUCAGAUUGGUUGACAAUUGGAAGCUACAAGAAUGUUGAAGGCUACAGAGCAUGUGGCUCCUCUAUUCCUUCACCAUACAUCUCUUCACAGGAUCAUGUUUGGAUCAGAUUUCACUCAGAUGAUAGCAUCUCUAGAAAAGGCUUCAGAUUAGCCUACUUUGCUGGGAAAUCUGAUGAACCGAAUUGUGACUGUGACCAGUUUCACUGCGCUAAUGGGAAGUGUAUUCCAGAAACUUGGAAAUGUAAUAAUAUGGAUGAAUGUGGAGACAACUCGGAUGAAGAAAUCUGUGCCAAAGCUAAUCCUCCAACAGCUUCUUCCUUUCAACCUUGUGCUUACAACCAGUUCCAAUGUCUUUCUCGCUUCACCAAGCUUUACACUUGCCUUCCAGAAUCUUUAAAAUGUGAUGGUAACAUUGAUUGUCUUGACUUGGGAGACGAAAUAGACUGUGAUGUGCCAACAUGUGGGCAGUGGUUAAAAUACUUUUAUGGUACUUUCAGUUCUCCCAACUAUCCUGACUUUUAUCCACCUGGAAGCAACUGCACCUGGUUAAUAGACACUGGUGAUCAUCGCAAAGUAAUUUUGCGAUUUACUGAUUUUAAACUUGAUGGUACUGGUUAUGGAGACUAUGUCAAAAUAUAUGAUGGGUUAGAGGAGAAUCCACGGAGGCUUUUGCGUGUGCUAACAGCAUUUGACUCUCAUGCUCCCCUUACAGUUGUUUCAUCCUCAGGACAGAUAAGAGUGCAUUUCUGUGCUGACAAAGUGAAUGCUGCAAGAGGCUUCAAUGCCACCUAUCAAGUAGAUGGCUUUUGUUUGCCCUGGGAAAUUCCAUGUGGUGGAAAUUGGGGUUGCUACACAGAGCAGCAACGCUGCGAUGGCUACUGGCACUGUCCAAAUGGAAGGGAUGAAGCCAAUUGCACUAUGUGCCAAAGAGAUGAGUUUCCCUGUUCUCGAAACGGUGUUUGCUACCCUCGAUCAGAUCGCUGCAACUACCAGAAUCAUUGCCCUAAUGGUUCAGAUGAAAAAAAUUGCUUCUUCUGCCAGCCAGGAAAUUUUCACUGUAAAAAUAACCGCUGUGUGUUUGAAAGCUGGGUUUGUGAUUCUCAAGAUGACUGUGGUGAUGGCAGCGAUGAAGAGAAUUGCCCGGUCAUUGUGCCCACUAGAGUAAUAACUGCAGCUGUCAUUGGCAGUCUUAUUUGUGGAUUGCUGCUUGUCAUUGCACUGGGAUGUACUUGCAAAUUGUACUCACUCAGGAUGUUUGAGCGAAGAUCAUUUGAAACUCAUUUGUCAAGGGUUGAGGCUGAACUGUUAAGAAGAGAAGCUCCUCCAUCUUAUGGACAGUUAAUUGCCCAGGGUUUAAUUCCACCAGUUGAAGAUUUUCCUGUUUGUUCACCAAACCAGGCUUCAGUUCUGGAAAACCUGAGACUAGCAGUGCGAUCUCAGCUUGGAUUUACCUCAAUCAGACUUCCUAUUGCUGGCAGAUCUGGUAACAUUUGGAAUCGCCUUUUUAACUUUGCAAGGUCACGUCAUUCUGGAUCGUUGGCAUUGGUCUCAGCAGAUGGAGAUGAUGUUGCCAGCCAAAGUACUAAUAGAGACGCUGAAAGAAAUAAUACUCACAGAAGCCUAUUUUCAGUUGAAUCUGAUGAUACAGACACAGAAAAUGAAAGAAGAGACACAGCAGGAGCAGUUGGUGGUGUUGCUGCCACUUUGCCUCAAAAAGUCCCACCUGCAACAGCAAUAGAAGCAACAGUAGGAGCGUGUGGGAGUUCCUCCACUCAGAGCGCCAGUAGCGGUAACACAGAUAAUGGAAGAGAAAUGACAAGUGUAGAGCCCCCAAGUGCAAGUCCAGCACGUCACCAGCUCACUAGCGCACUAAGUCGUAUGACUCAAGGCUUACGAUGGGUACGCUUUACUUUAGGGAGAUCAAGCUCAGUGAAUCAGAACCAAAGUCCUUUGAGACAGCUUGAUAAUGGGGUAAGUGGAAGAGAAGAGGAUGAUGAUGUUGAAAUGUUAAUUCCAGUCUCUGAUGUAGCAUCAGACUUUGACAUGAAUGACUGUUCAAGACCUCUACUUGAUCUCAGCUCAGAUCAAGGACCAGGGCUUAGACAGCCUUACAGUGCAACACAUCAUGGUGUAAGGUCAUGCAGUCGAGAUGGCCCAUGUGAGCGCUGUGGCAUCGUACACACUGCCCAGAUACCCGACACUUGCUUAGAAGCAACAAUGAAAAAUGAAACUAGUGACGAUGAGGCAUUAUUACUCUGUUAGGUACAGAUUGUUUAGGAAAGAUUGUGUACAAGUUGGAGCAAUAUCUGUCAUUGUUUUGUACUUCACAGUUAAAACUAGUUUUUAGUUUUAAAAAAAAAUCCAGGACAACGUUAUGUUAAAAUUAUUUUAGCCUGUGUGGUUGUUUAAACAUUUCUUAUACUGGAUGACCUUAUGGAACUAAUAGAGUGAAUGUUUUAAUGGCUCUGAAUACCAAUGUGUGUGUAUCCAGUAUAAACUGAUUAUUCUUUAAACUGAAGUUUAUCUCAGUUAGUUUCAAAUUUAGUUUAUCCUGGUACUGUAGUUCAAAACAGAAACAUGGCUGCUUAAGACUUAUUUGGCUGCCUGUUUAACCCCAUAGUAACAGGUGAAUUUGUACAGAAUUAUUUUCCUUUAGGAAUUUACUCUGUUGUAUUAUUGCCAACAUACUUGUAACUUAAUAUACUAAAUGCUGGUAAGAAUUGUUAAUGUAAAAUAUGUAUUUUUUCUUUGAGUUUAUACAACAUUUUGUCUAAAUAUUCUUGAAUUUCAUCAUAAUGUGAACUUAUUUAAAGGGAGGAGAAAUUUUCUCCAGGAGCAUUCUUUUUCUUUCAGAAGUACAAGAUGCAAUGAUGUGUGAAAUUUAGGUAUAAUUAGAUAAACUGAUGGCAAAAGCUUUUAUAGCACUGACUUUAUUAAACUGCAAUCUAAUAUGGUACAGCCAAAUAGUAUGUAAAAUCCCCAGUCAUUAGUCUCUUCAAUUUGAAGUAAAAAAGGGCCGAAGAUAUUGUAAUAUGUGUUAGUUCUGUAAAUAUCCGAUAUGUACAAAUACACUACAGAAUAAGUUCCAACUGGUAAAAGAUCUUUCCCUAAAACUCUAGGGUAUAAAGCUUGUUUGGACUCAAGGGAUUUGCACUAAAAUCAUAUUAAGGUCUCUAAUGAGCUUAGUGCACAAGCACUAUCACUUUAAGUACUAUUAUUGUCUAAUAUUGCAAUGGCUAUAUAUUUCCAUGGCUCUUUACUUGGGGUGUUGCAUUUUUGUUGCAAUUGAAUUUGCUUUACUAAUUCCCUAUUUAUUCGUUGUAUUUAAAACUGGUUUACUUGGUUACAGACUGGUUGUUUAAAAAAAAAAAAGAAAUCCCUUUCAGUGUUUUGGUUUUUGUUUUGGGGUUUUUUGGUAAUAUUACUUGUGGGAGCAAAACAGAUCAGUGGAAAGAGCUCAUAAUCUCCAGUUUUGUGAUAAGCAGGUUACUAUGUGGCUACUAGCGUGUCAGCAAGAACCUACACCUUUUUAAAACAAAAAUGUCAACUACUGUUUUAUUUAUUCUUUGCCAGUCUGUUUUUAGUAGGCUUAAAGAUCCAGUAUGAAAUGUAUUUGUGUGUGAUUGUAUGCUAUUUAUUAAAUUUUAAAUACUUUGUUGAAUGUCAUUUUAAAGCAUGUUUAAAGUCUUGUGCAUUUCUGUCGUGUUAUGCUGUCGGGCAGAACUGACUAAAAUGUUUUAAUAUGUAUCAAAAUUAAAUUGAAUUUUGUUAUGUUUUUGAGGUACUUUUAAAGAUAAAUCCAAGGUCUGUCUGGCUUUUUAUUUUACUUUUUUUAAAAAUCCUCAUCUCUGAAGUACAAAUCACAUGCAGAAGAAGCAAAUAACGGAAUAGAUUCCAAAUUGUAUAUAUCCUUUCCCUUCUCUUCAUUCACAGACACUGGGAUGAAAAAGUGAAAACAGUUUUACCAUCUGGUUGAUCUUAUUCAUAAGAUUUAGUAGAUAAAUUCUGAGGUCAGGACAUGGUUAUAUAGAUUUGUGCUUUUGAGGAACUUAUGUGCAAUACAAUUGUAAAAGACUUCAUUAUAAUGGCCCAUGCAGUUUCAACGUUAAGAACAGAUCACAUCGCACUGGUACCAGAUCAGGUACAGUUUGGCCCAUAACACAUACCAGAGUAAAAGUCAUUAAUUGCCAUUUUUAUUCACAUUGAAUAAUAUCUAAUUCUGUGGGUAAUCUCUAGUCUGAUUUCAGUGGCGUUGUUUGUAGAGCAGGUAAAUCUGCGAUAUGAACAUGGUAACACACCCUGAAAUAUAUUGGAGUAUGUCUUGAUAUAAAAUACUGGGUUUUUAAACCUUCCUAACUUAUUGCUGUUAGAAAGUGGUUUUGAAAUUUUUUGUCACUGAGGCAGAUACAUUUUGAAGAAAGCAUCUUCACAGAAUAUCUUAGGUUAUAUACACACAUACAAAUGAUUUAAACUUUUUCCAUUAGAUGCCCAAAAUAGCAUGUACCUGUGGACUCCGUAUUGCAGAUGUAAAAAGGAAUACAAUGUUUAAUUUGUUUUAAAGGAACAUUGCUACACAUGAAACUGGGAAGUUGGAUUUGAUUGAGAAUUUGGAAAACUGUAAAUAAAAUUCAUAUUUGUAUGAG